CCUCACACUGCCACUGCCUCGUUGCCUCGUCACGAUCUAUCACGGUGUCGUCAUUCCUGCUUUUUAUUUGCCUUGACUCUUUAAAAACACUUGCCUGCUCUUUGCUACCUCCAAACCUCAACACUACAAUCUUGAUACCCCUCAUAAACCAUACCAAAACACACAAACACAACAACACAUUCAUCAUGUCUGCCAACUCUACUAUCCACGUCAAGAACAUCGCUUCCUCCACUAGCGACAGCGAGAUCAAGGACUUCUUCAGCUUCUGUGGAAAGAUCGCUGAUCUCAAGGUCACCCAAGAGGGCGAGACCAAGACUGCCGAAGUCAUCUUCGAGAAGGAGACUGCCAAGAAGACUGCUCUUCUCCUCAACAACACCCAGCUCGGUCCCAACCAUCUUGAGGUCACCAGCGCCGGCGCUGACGGCGAAGACGAUGUCCACUCUGCCACUAAGAACGCUGACCGAGACUCCGAUGAGAUCACCCAAGAGGAGAAGCCCCGCGCCCGUAUUCUGGCUGAGUAUCUCGCCCACGGUUAUGUCAUAGGCGAUGCCGCCAUCCAGCGUGCUCUCGACCUCGAUGCCGCUCACAAUGUUUCCAACCGCUUCUUCUCUACCCUCCAGGGUCUCGACCAGAAGUACCACGCUACCGACCGAGCCAAGGCCACCGAUGAGAGCUAUGGUAUCACCCAGCGCGCCAACAGCCUCUGGCUCGGCCUCAGCUCUUACUUUGAGAAGGCCUCCAACACACCCACCGGCAAGAAGAUCGCUGAGUUCUACACUCAGGGCAGCCGACAAGUCCAGGAGGUUCACGCUGAGGCUCGUCGCCUUGCUGAUCUCAAGAAGGAGGAGCAUGGUGGAAGCGCCUACAAGGCUGCUGGUCUCGAGAAGGUCUUCGGCAAGGAGAAGACUUCUGGUACUGCCGCUCCUGAGGCCGGUCAAGGCAGCCUCGGAACAUCAGUUCCUGCUGCCUCGGCCGACAACGUUCCCAAUGUGAGCGCUCCUGAGGGUGGUGAGAAGCACUAAGCUAUAAAAAUUGGGGAAAUAUGAAGUAAUGAGGAAGAAAUGGGGUAUUUCUUGAGGUCUGAUGAGAUAGUCAUAUGACGGCUUGUUCCAGUCUGUUAGUUAACGAAUUGUUACGACUUUUACGCAUGGCGCAAUCAAUAAAUUCCAGAUGAAAUUUG